AGAGCUCAGAUUUCUUCUCUGGACAGCUGGCUUUUUUAGUCCUUCUGAAAUACUCUGCAAAAAUGGGGGAGGGGCUGUGAACUGCCUCUGCUAUGGACCUUAUUUAAAGUCAGCUACCUCCUAGAUAUGUUCUGUAGAAACUAAAUGCAAUAUUCAAUACAGCAGGGAUGAGGGUGAACAAAAGGUAUACAAUUGCCCACCCUAAUUUUUAAAGGCCAGGAGCUCAUUAUUGACAAUGCUGGAGGGCUGCCUGGAGUAGGCAGUGACUAGAGUCAUAUAAGCUAGAACUGGCUAUCUGACUUCCCUGUAAUAUUUUUGUCUCCCCUCCCCCACUUGGCACCCUAUACUCCAUAUUCUUUCUAAUCUUCCUACCCUCCCGACUCCCCCACAGUCCCACACCCUACCCCCACCAACACUCCUGGAAUUUUGGACUUAGCUAUUUUUAAAACAGUCAACUCAGUAGCCACCUCCCUCCCCCGCUCAGCUGUCCAGUACUCCGGCCAGCCAUAUACUCUCCCUUCCCCCCAUACCAGACCUUCUCUGGCUCCCUGACCUCAGUGAGAUUGCAGCCGGUCUGAGGACCUGGGGGAGACAUGGAGAAAGAGACGGGGGAUCCCCUGGCUGGAGCUGACCAACAGAGUAGGCAGUCAUGGCUGGAGAAUUGGAUAUCAGUUUGACCUCUGGAAACACUCAUUCUCAAUGCAAGAUCCUCCGCUGCAAUGCUGAGUAUGUAUCGUCCACCCUGAACCUUAGGGGUGGGGGUUCAUCAGGAGCGCUUCGAGGAGGAGGAGGAGGAGGAGGCCGGGGUGGAGGGGUGGGCUCCAUCGGCCUCUGUCGAGCCCUCCGUUCCUACGCGCUCUGCACUCGGCGCACUGCCCGCACCUGCCGCGGGGACCUCGCCUUCCAUUCGGCUGUGCACGGCAUCGAAGACUUGAUGAUCCAGCACAACUGCUCCCGCCAAGGCCCCACGGCCCCUCCCCCACCCCGAGGCCCAGCCCUUCCAGGCGCGGGCCCCAUCCGCUCCUCUGGCCCCCCAGCCCCGGACCCCUGUGACUAUGAAGGCCGGUUUUCCCGGCUGCACGGUCGUCCCCCCAGCUUCUUGCAUUGCGCCUCCUUCGGGGACCCCCACGUGCGCAGCUUCCACCACCAUUUUCACACGUGCCGUGUCCAAGGAGCUUGGCCCCUGCUGGAUAAUGACUUCCUUUUCGUCCAGGCCACCAGCUCUCCCGUGGCAUCGGGAGCCAAUGCCACCACCACCCGGAAGCUCACCAUUAUAUUUAAGAACAUGCAGGAAUGCAUUGAUCAGAAGGUCUACCAGGCAGAGGUGGGCAAUCUUCCUGCAGCCUUUGAAGAUGGUUCUAUCAAUGGAGGUGACCGACCUGGGGGCUCAAGUUUGUCCAUUCAAACAGCUAACCUUGGAAGCCAUGUGGAGAUCCGAGCUUCCUAUAUUGGCACAACUAUAAUCAUUCGGCAGACAGCUGGGCAACUCUCCUUCUCCAUCAAAGUAGCAGAGGAUGUAGCCAGGGCCUUCUCAGCUGAGCAGGACCUGCAGCUCUGUGUUGGGGGGUGCCCCCCAAGUCAACGACUCUCUCCCUCAGAGCGCAAUCGUCGGGGAGCUAUAACCAUUGAUAUUGCCAGACAGCUGUGCAAGAAAGGGCUGCCAGUUGAAGACGCUUACUUCCAUUCCUGUGUCUUUGAUGUUUUAAUCUCUGGUGACCCCAACUUUACUGUGGCAGCUCAGGCAGCUCUGGAGGAUGCCAGAGCCUUCCUGCCAGACUUAGAAAACCUGCACCUCUUCCCCUCAGAUGCCGGAGUUCCUUUUUCCUCAGCAAGCCUCCUAGCCCCACUCCUUUCUGGGCUCUUUGUUCUGUGGCUUUGCAUUCAAUAACUAGGCCAGCAAUCCUAUGACUAGUUUAGAAAUGAUUUGGGGAUAGAGAUUGGCAGGGAAGAACAUAGAGAAUCACUGAAGGAAAUAGUGGGGACUAGGGAGACACAUGAAACAAUGACAUUUAUCCAGAAUCAGAUAAGGCUGCAGUCCAGGGUGGAAAUGAUGACAGAGUGAGGAUUCUGGGCAAGGUUUCUGCAUUCCAGACCUCUGUAGGGGCUCUUCACCAAUUUUCCCAGUCCCAUUUAUAGUAAAUGAAUUGUUCCAGACCAUCUACUCUUGAGAUCACCCCUCAAGCUUAGAGUUUAUAGGGGUCCUGAUUAUGCAUAGAAAACUUAAGGGUUGAGACUUCUGAGAGGGGAGAACUGAAAGAGGAAGACAUGACCAUUACCCAUAAGAAACUCAAAAUCUAACGCCAUUUUCUCUUAGAAGAUGGAAAGAGGGGGAAAUGAUCAAGGAAAAGAAUCUAUUUGAUGAAUAUAUGUGGGUAGGAUGUGUUCUGCUUUCUUGGUUCAGAAAUGAAGUGAGGGUUGUCUGGAUCUUAGAUGAAGGGAAUCUCUGCCUUUGGAGAAUGGCACAGAGAGGAAAGAAGCUAUCAUCCCCACCCCUAACCACUCUGUUAUUAAAGCUAUGAAUUCUUCA